CACGUGUGUCACUUCUCCUGCCUCACGCAUGGAAGCGGAUGAAAACAUGAAUUUAUUUUAAGUUUAUUUAUCUCCUACCGUUCCCCCAUAAACAUGCUUUUUGCAAAGGAACUACCAUGGAGGCGGCUCGAGGGCAUGUCGUUUGGCUUGUACUCUUCAGAUGAAAUAAGAAAAUUGAGUGUAAAAACUAUCACGAAUCCCCAGAUUCUGGACAACGUUGGCAACCCUGCGUGUAAUGGCCUGUAUGAUCUAUCACUUGGGCCCUCUGAUAACAAAGAAGUGUGCUCAACCUGUAUGCAGGACUAUAAUAACUGCCCUGGCCACUUUGGACACGUUGAAUUGCCUUUGCCUGUCUUCAACCCUUUAUUUUUUGAUAAACUUUACCUGCUCAUCCGAGGAUCCUGUUUAGUUUGCCACACCCUCAGCUGCACUAGGGCUACCAUUCAUCUCUUGCUUUGCCAGUUGAAGCUGCUGGAUGUUGGUGCACUGAAAGAAGUCUAUGAGCUAGAGAAUGUUCUCAAUCAGUUUUUGGAAACCAAUCGUCAAGCUACUAGUACCGAGAUUCAAGAGGUCUUAGAGGAACACUGCGCACCGAUUCUACAAGCAGAAAGAGGUCAAACGGUGCAUCACACUCCAAUUAAGCAUGUGUGUGAAAAGAAAGGCAGCCUCAUCACAAAUUUCUGGAGAGCUCACAUGACUCCAAGGCGAUGCCCGAACUGCAAGGCAGCCAGAGCAGUAGUGCGGAGAGAGCACAACAGCAAACUCAUCAUCACAAGUGCCCCGUCCAAGAAGACCGAUGCAGAAGAGGAAGCUCAGAUUUCCAAGCGGGGAUACCUGACGCCCAGUUUGGCUAAGGAGCAUAUCCUAAAUCUUUGGGAAAAGGAAGGGUUCUUCCUGAAGCACCUGUUCUCUGGACUGGAUUCUGAAGGCAUACAAAACGUCUUCAAACCAGAUCUGUUCUUCCUUGACAUUCUCCUGGUUCCACCGAGCAGGUACCGGCCUAUCAACCGCCUGGGAGACCAGAUGUUCACCAACGGUCAGACAGUAAACAUGCAGGCUGUGAUGAAGGACAACGUCCUGAUUCAAAAGCUACUGGCUCUCAUGGCCACAGAGAAGGCAAAGGCGAUCGAAGACACUGAGAUGGAGAUGGAGAUGGAGAAGGAGACAAUGGAGGCCAGACAGAUAGACCAGACGUUUCUGUCCGGCAUGCCUGGUCAGACCCCCACAGACAAGCUGUACAACAUCUGGGUCCGGCUGCAGAGCCACGUCAACAUCGUGUUUGACAGCGACAUGGACAAGCUGAUGUCUGAGAAGUUUCCUGGCGUUCGGCAGCUUCUGGAGAAGAAGGACGGUCUGUUCAGGAAGCACAUGAUGGGGAAGCGCGUGGACUUUGCUGCUCGUUCUGUCAUCUGUCCAGACAUGUACAUCAGCACCAGUGAGAUUGGCAUCCCAAUGGUGUUUGCCACCAAGCUGACGUACCCGCAGCCGGUGACGCCAUGGAACGUAAAGGAGCUUCGGCAGGCGGUGCUCAACGGGCCCAACGUGCACCCGGGCGCCGCUAUGGUGAUCAACGAGGACGGCUCCCGCACCAUCCUGAGCAGCACCAGCCUAACCCAGCGCGAGGCCAUCGCCAAGCAGCUGCUCACGCCCAGCACCGGAACACAGCGGAUCCCCAUGAAGAUCGUGAACCGGCACAUAAAGAACGGCGAUGUCCUGCUCUUGAACCGGCAGCCCACUCUCCACAGGCCGUCCAUCCAGGCCCACACGGCCCGCAUCCUGCCCGGCGAGAAGGUCCUGCGGCUUCACUACGCCAACUGUAAGGCCUACAAUGCAGACUUUGACGGCGAUGAGAUGAACGCCCACUUCCCUCAGAGCGAGCUGAGCAGGGCAGAGGCCUACACGCUUGUUAGCACUGACCAGCAGUACCUCGUCCCCAAGGACGGAAAGCCUCUGGCUGGCCUUAUCCAGGACCACAUGGUGUCCGGCACCAGCAUGACCAUCCGAGGCUGCUUCUUCACCAGGGAGCAGUACACAGCGCUGGUCUACAGGGGCCUCACAGACAAAGUGGGCCGAGUGAAACUACUCCACCCCGCCAUCCUCAAGCCCUGUCCCCUGUGGACUGGCAAGCAGGUUGUGUCCACCCUUCUCUUGAACGUCAUCCCCGAAAACCACAUUGCCCUGAAUUUGAAUGGCGGGGCCAAGAUCCCCAGCAAGGCCUGGAUCAAAGUGGCCCCCCGUGCUGUGCCUGGAUACCAGCCUGAUAGCAUGUGUGACUCUCGGGUGGUCAUUCGCCAGGGGGAGCUGUUGCUUGGGGUUCUGGACAAGGCUCACUACGGCAGCUCGGCCUACGGCCUGGUGCACUGCUGCUACGAGCUGUAUGGCGGACAGACCAGUGGGAAACUGCUGACCUGUCUGGCGCGCCUCUUCACCGCCUACUUACAGUUGUACCGCGGCUUCACCAUGGGAGUGGAGGAUAUUCUAGUACAGCCUGCCGCCAACACAGAGAGGACAAAGAUCAUCGAAGAGUCUAUUACAUGUGGAGCCAAGGCUCUGAAAGCGGCCUUCAACCUCCCUGCCAGUGCUGCGGAGGCGGAGGCCCGGGACCACUGGCAGAAUGCCCAUCUCAACCCAGACCAGAGAGACUUCAACAUGGUGGACCUCAAGUUCAAGGAAGAGGUCAACCAGGUCAACAACAACAUUAAUAAGGUGUGUAUGCCUAUGGGCCUCCAUAGGUCCUUCCCUGAGAACAACCUGCAGCUGAUGGUGCAGUCUGGAGCUAAGGGCUCCACUGUCAACACCAUGCAGGUGUGUAUGAGACAUCGUUUCGUUUUACAUCGUCAUAACUAUGUCACCAGCAUCCUUUGUGAGCUAUGGAGCAUCCUCCACGCCCACAGGAGUUCCGGUGGCUUUGUUUCCGGAAGGUUCUUGACCGGGAUUAAGCCACCGGAGUUCUUCUUCCAUUGCAUGGCUGGCCGCGAAGGUCUUGUCGACACAGCUGUAAAGACCAGUCGAUCAGGCUACCUGCAAAGAUGUGUGAUCAAGCACCUGGAGGGUCUGGUGGUUCAGUAUGACCUGACCGUGAGGGACAGUGACGGUAGCGUGGUGCAGUUCCUUUAUGGGGAGGAUGGCCUGGACAUUCCCAAGACCCAGUUCCUCCUGCCGCGCCAGUUCCCCUUCAUCAAGGACAACUACGAGGUCAUCAGGAAGUCCAAGUGCCUGGAUGAAGUGCUGUCCAAGAUGGACUCCAGUGUCUCAGCCAAUCAUCAGAAGGCCAUCAGGAAGUGGAGGGCCAAGCGAGAGAACGUAUCCCCCCGAGAGGGAGCUUUCCUGCUCUUCUCGCAGAAGAAGCUGGCCAAGAUGAAGGCCCAGGCUGCAAAUGCUGCGAUGACCAACGGCCGAGAGAUGGCCACUCUGCAGCUGGUUGAGCGGUGGGCCGGUUUGGAUGAGCCCAACCGGAUGAAGUAUCUGAAGAAGACGUCCCGUUGCCCCGACCCCUGCCUAGCUGUGCACCGACCCGACAUCUCCUUCGGCUCCGUGUCCGAGACAUUCGAAUCUAUCGUGGAGUCCUACCUCAGCAAGUUAGAGAAUAGUCCAAACCGCAACGAUACCAAGGACCUUGAUGCCAACAGGCUGAGGGAUCUGCUGCAGAUGAAGUGGCAGAGGGCACUGUGUGACCCCGGGGAGGCUGUAGGGCUGCUGGCUGCCCAGAGCAUUGGGGAGCCGUCCACCCAGAUGACCCUGAACACCUUCCACUUCGCCGGCAGAGGAGAGAUGAACGUCACCCUCGGUAUCCCCAGGUUGCGUGAGAUCCUGAUGAUCGCCAGCUCCAAAAUCAAGACUCCCAUGAUGAGUAUCCCUGUUCUGGACACCAAGAAAGCCCUGAAGAGGGUGAAGGUCCUCAAGAAAAAACUCAACAGAGUGUGCUUGGCUGAGGUCCUUCACAAGGUGGAUGUGGUGGAGACACUGCGGUUUGAUGGCAAAAAGGCCCAGCAGAAGAACAGAGUGUUCAACGUGGCUUUCCACUUCCUGCCACCAGAGCGCUACCAGCAGGACAAGAUGCUCACCCCGCAGCAGAUCCUGCGCUACAUGGAGAACAGGUUCUUCAGAAUACUGCUGGAAGCUAUCAAGAAGCUGAGUAUCAAGCUGGCCUCCCUCACCGCUGUUGACUCACGCAAAGCCACACGGAGGGAUGAGGACCAGCACGGGGAGACGGCCGGUCCUGCUGCUCCUGCAGAGGACGAUGGAGAGGCAAACGUAGAGCAAGAGAUGAGGAUCGUCGACGACGAAGCAGAAGAAGGAGAUGCUGACGCCUCCGAUGCCAAGAGGAGAGAGAAACAGGAGGAAGAGGUGGAUUACGACAGUGAAGAGGGCGGUGAGGAGGAGGAAGCAGAGGCAGAGCCUGCGGAGGAGGAGGGGUCGCCAGACGAGGAGUCCCGAGAGUCUCCGGCCCCAGACCAUGCAGAGCUCCCUAGCGGGCCGGAGGGGACAGAGAGUCAGGACCAGAUGAGGGUGAACGCUGUCCUGGCCAUUGGCAACACCAUAGAGAGCUACAAAUACGACAGCGUGAAUGGACUCUGGUGUGAGGCAACCAUCAUUCUCCCAGUCACUAAUGUGCACUUUGACCUGACAUCACUCAUCGUGACUCAGGCUCAGAAUGCCGUCAUUGUGGAGACGAAAGGGAUCACGCGCUGCCUUCUGAAUGAGGUCACCAAAAAGGACGGUUCCAAAGAGACCGUCCUCAACACAGAGGGCAUAAAUAUGCAAGAGAUCUUUAAACAUGGUGAUAUUCUUGAUUUGAAUAGGCUGUACUCUAACGAAGUCCAUGCCAUGGCCAAUACAUAUGGCAUUGAGGUGGCCCUGCGCGUUAUCGAAAAGGAAAUCAAAGACGUGUUUGCUGUGUAUGGUAUUGAGGUGGACCCUAGACACUUGUCUCUGGUGGCUGACUACAUGUGCUUUGAAGGUGUUUACAAACCUCUGAACCGAUUUGGCAUCAGAUCAAACUCCUCUCCCCUACAACAGAUGACCUUUGAAACGAGCUACAAGUUCCUCAAGGACGCCACUAUGUUGGGCUCGCAUGACCAGCUGCGAUCUCCCUCCGCUUGCAUCGUAGUUGGAAAAGUUGUCAAAGGAGGAACAGGGAUUUUUGAUUUGAAGCAACCACUGCAGUAGUGUUUCAUGUCAUGAUCAAUGAGCAUGGCAAACAGUAGACCGUUUUGAAGAAGAUGAAGCUGAACUCGGCACACCGAUACUGAUGCAUAGAAUGUCAGAACAAAUUUGUCUGAUUUGUACUAUUUCUGUUUCAAUUAUGUUUAUGACAAUGUAUUAUGACAUAUUUGUGAAAUAAAUAUAUUUUCAGCUGCCUGAA